GUGCAAAGUAACUAGACUAUCGCUCACCGGUUGAACAUUGGACCCAAACGGUAAACCCAUUAUUACUACCGGUAUGAAUUACAUAGCGUGGCAGUCAUUUGCACGGAGACGCAGCCGCGGAAACUCGUCAUAAUGGAUGGGAUGGGCGGCACCCGUACUCAGACAAUAACUAAUGAACAGCUAAGCUAUGAUUUAGUUUUAGUGGCAGUCUGUCCGUCUGACUGGUCACAAAGCCCUAUAACUGAUUCCCUUUACUCUAAAUCUCAUCAUCACCACCACCAUAUUGCAUUUCAUUUUCGCAGGGGUGAAGGGGAGGGAGGGGAGAGUGGAUUAAGCAAUUCCUUUGAAGUUAUGCCAGAAUGUUGUCAUUCUCCUUGAUUGCCGAAGUUCCCGCUCUGCUCUCCCUCUAGGUAACUUAACGCUUUUUUUUUGGGCCCCGCCGCCCUUCAAAUGAAUCCCCUCCUUCAGUACUCCGUAGGGUGACUUACUG